AUGAGUGACCCGGCUCGGCCUGUGCUUCCGUUCCUGGCAGAGAUCAACGCCCGAGGGGCGGCUGCGCCUUCAAGUACGAAGCCGGCGCCGCCUGCUGCGCCGGUGCAGGCUCCGAAGGUUAAGACCAAGGCUAAGGCGAAGGCGAAGUCAAAGGCGGUGCCGAAGCAGAAGCCUCGAAGCAACAUCAUUUCGGAGGAACCGGGCAUAACACGGAACAUCCCGGAACCGUCCCCGGUCGCCGUGGCGCCCCCGCCGGGCCGCGUUCGUACGAAGACUGUGAAGCGUUCUGCUCGCCAGAUUGUGGAGAAGUACCACAACAAGUUGACUUGCGACUUCCAAAUCAACAAGAAGAUUGCGGAGGAGGUUGCUCAGAUUCCGACCAAGCGGCUACGGAACAAAAUCGCUGGGUUCGUGACGCAUUUGAUGAAGCGUGUUCGCAGCGGAAACGUGCGUGGCAUCUCGCUGGCCGUGCAACAGGCCGAGCGCGAGCGUCGCAUGGACGUCAUGCCCGAAGUCAGCAUCACUGAGUGCUCCGACCCAGUCCAGGUUGACGACGAUACCUUCGAAAUGCUCCGCUCCGUCGGAGUCGGCUUCACCUACGUCAAACCCCAAGCCGAAGCCAGCUACAAGACCAAGCCCAACACCAACGUGAACCGUCUCCGAGGCGGCGUCCCCGCUGGAGCCAACUGGUGA